AUGGACAAUGGGAUGGUCUCUGACUUUAUCAUGAUCAAAAACUUCUUCCUCUUCUGCGUUUCCAUGAGUUUAGCCAGCCACUUCGGCUUCUCACAAACGCCAACAGCACCGGGAAAAGAGGACGCCAAUGAUAACAUCACUAUAUUCACCAGGAUCUUGGAUGGUCUGCUGGACGGCUACGACAACCGCCUGCGCCCGGGACUGGGAGAGAGAAUAACUCAGGUGAAAACAGACAUCUAUGUUACGAGUUUUGGUCCUGUGUCAGACACAGAAAUGGAAUACACCAUUGACGUUUUCUUCCGACAAAGCUGGAAAGACGAAAGGCUGCGAUUCAAAGGGCCCAUGCAACGCCUCCCUCUUAACAACCUGCUCGCCAGCAAGAUCUGGACCCCGGACACUUUUUUCCACAAUGGCAAGAAGUCUAUCGCUCACAACAUGACAACCCCAAACAAACUUCUGCGCCUGGAGGAUGAUGGCACUCUGCUGUAUACCAUGAGACUGACCAUCUCUGCUGAAUGUCCCAUGCAGCUUGAAGAUUUCCCCAUGGAUGCACAUGCUUGCCCAUUAAAAUUUGGAAGCUACGCUUACCCCAAUUCUGAAGUAAUCUAUGUGUGGACUAAUAGCACCACAACGUCUGUGGUGGUGGCCGAAGAUGGCUCACGACUUAACCAGUACCACCUGAUGGGACAAACUGUAGGAACGGAAAACAUCAGCACCAGUACAGGUGAAUAUACUAUUAUGACAGCCCAUUUUCAUCUGAAAAGAAAAAUUGGUUAUUUUGUCAUCCAGACGUACCUUCCUUGCAUUAUGACUGUGAUCUUGUCACAAGUGUCAUUUUGGCUAAACAGAGAAUCUGUCCCUGCUAGGACUGUCUUUGGAGUAACAACAGUCCUCACCAUGACCACCUUAAGUAUCAGUGCCCGUAACUCUUUGCCGAAAGUGGCCUAUGCUACUGCAAUGGACUGGUUUAUAGCUGUCUGCUAUGCCUUUGUAUUUUCUGCAUUGAUUGAAUUUGCAACAGUCAACUAUUUCACCAAGAGGAGUUGGGCAUGGGAUGGCAAAAAAGCCCUGGAAGCUGCUAAAAUCAAGAAAAAAGAGCGUCAAUUGUUAGGAAAUAAAUCAACUAAUACUUACAGCACUGGGAAGAUGACCCCUGCACCAAACAUGCCAAAGGACUCAGCCCCAUCUGUCAUCUCAAACGCUGCAUCUGCUCCAGUGAAGUCUGCAGAAGAAAAGCCUGCUGAAAGCAAAAAGACUUACAACAGCAUCAGUAAGAUUGACAAAAUGUCCCGGAUAAUUUUUCCAGUGCUGUUUGGGACAUUUAACUUAGUUUACUGGGCCACAUAUUUGAAUAGGGAGCCUGUUAUUAAAGGUGCCAAAUCUGCAAAAUAA